CCGGUCUGUGGUUGUCAGUGGAUGUAGAAAGCAUUCAACUUCUCGUCUCACCUAAAGGCGAGUUUGAGGAAGUCAUAUCAGCUCACAGACUGUUUCCCAUCGCUGCACUUUCUGCCCUUAUGCUCUUCAGUCUGGCGGUCAUGGCGGGGUGCUGAGAAACCUCUGGAUUUGUUAAACUCGCUACACUAAUCAGCCCAAAGAAAAGAACAACGGGGAGGAGAAAAAACAAAGCAACACAAUGGCCAGUAAGUACCACUGGCAGAGUCAAAAUGUCAAACAGAGCGGUGUGGAUGACAUGGUGCUUCUGUCCAAAAUCACAGAAGAUGCCAUCGUGGAAAAUCUCAAAAAGAGAUACAUGGACGACUACAUCUUUACGUACAUAGGGGCUGUAUUGAUCUCAGUGAAUCCAUUUAAACAGAUGCCAUACUUCACAGAGCAUGAAAUUGAACUCUACCAGGGAGCUGCCCAGUAUGAAAACCCACCGCAUAUAUAUGCUCUGACUGAUAACAUGUACAGGAACAUGAUGAUAGACAGUGAAAAUCAGUGUGUCAUUAUCAGUGGAGAAAGUGGGGCAGGAAAGACAGUUGCUGCAAAGUACAUCAUGGGCUACAUAUCUAAAGUGUCAGGGGGAGGAGCCAAGGUUCAGCAUGUGAAGGACAUUAUCCUGCAAUCGAAUCCUCUACUGGAAGCAUUUGGCAAUGCAAAGACAGUCCGCAACAACAAUUCGAGCCGCUUCGGUAAAUACUUUGAGAUUCAGUUCAGUAGAGGAGGAGAACCAGAUGGAGGGAAGAUUUACAACUUUCUCCUGGAAAAAUCGAGAGUCGUGAGUCAGAAUGAGAAUGAGAGGAACUUUCACAUCUUCUAUCAGCUUAUGGAGGGAGGCACACCACAGCAGAAAGAACAGUUAGGAAUUAUGACCCCAGAUUACUAUUACUAUCUGAACCAGUCUGGCACCUACAAAGUGGAUGGAACCAAUGACAGCAAGGACUUCCAGGAAACUAUGGAAGCAAUCCAAGUGAUUGGCAUCCCACCGGCGUUUCAGAGUCAGGUGCUGCAGAUAGUAGCUGGCAUCUUACACCUGGGUAACAUCUGCUUUGUGGAAGCUGGAAACUACGGUCAAGUGGAGAGCACAGACUUGUUAGCAUUUCCAGCGUACCUUCUGGGCAUUGAUCAGAGAGGUCUUCAGGAGAAACUCACCAGCCGGAAAAUGGACUCCAAAUGGGGUGGCAAGUCAGAAUCCAUCGAUGUGACUCUAAACAGGGAACAAGCGUGCUACACGCGUGACGCUCUUUCCAAAGCUCUGUACACGCGUCUGUUUGACUACCUGGUUGAGGCAAUUAACAAAGCCAUUCAGAAACCUGUGGAAGAGCUCAGCGUUGGAGUUCUGGAUAUUUAUGGAUUUGAGAUUUUUCAGAAAAAUGGUUUUGAGCAGUUUUGUAUCAAUUUUGUGAAUGAGAAGUUGCAGCAGAUCUUUAUUGAGUUAACACUGAAAGCUGAACAGGAAGAGUAUGUACAAGAAGGCAUCAAAUGGAAACCCAUUGAAUAUUUUAACAACAAAAUUGUGUGUGACUUAAUAGAAAAUAAACUGAAUCCCCCGGGCAUCAUGAGUGUGCUGGAUGAUGUGUGUGCCACCAUGCAUGCUAAAGGAGAAGGGGCUGAUAUGACUUUACUUCAGAAGCUUCAGGCUGCUGUGGGGACACACGAACACUUCAACAACUGGAACUCUGGUUUCGUCAUUCAUCACUACGCCGGCAAGGUGUCGUAUGAUAUCAACGGUUUCUGUGAAAGAAACAGAGAUGUGCUUUUCACUGAUCUCAUUGAACUGAUGCAAAGCAGCGAAUAUGACUUCAUCCGAAGCCUCUUCCCAGAAAACCUCAACACGGAUAAGAAGAGCAGACCAACCACAGCAAGCUCAAAGAUCAAAAGACAAGCCAAUGAACUGGUCAGCACACUGAUGAAGUGCACGCCACAUUACAUCCGCUGUAUUAAACCCAAUGAGACCAAGAGACCAAAAGACUGGGAGGAGAGCAGAGCUAAACAUCAGGUGGAGUAUCUCGGUUUACGGGAAAAUAUCAGGGUGCGACGUGCUGGUUUUGCCUAUCGCAGAAUCUUCCCGAAGUUUUUACAAAGGUACGCCAUCCUAACUGCAGAGACUUGGCCGCAUUGGCGAGGUUCAGAACAGCAGGGUGUUUUGCACCUCUUGCAAUCUGUAAACAUGGAUGCCGACCAGUAUCAAAUGGGCCGCUGUAAAGUCUUCAUCAAGAACCCAGAGUCGCUAUUUUUGCUGGAAGAGAUGCGAGAAAGGAAGUUCGACACUUUUGCCAGAACCAUCCAGAAGGCAUGGAGAAAAUACAUUGCCAGGAAGAAAUAUGAACAAAUGAGGGAGGAGGCAUCUGAUAUACUGUAUAACUUUAAAGAGCGCCGCAGUAAUAGUAUAAACAGAAACUUUGUUGGAGAUUACCUGGGCAUGGAGGAGAAGCCUGAACUUCGACAGUUCUUGACCAAGAGGGAGCGGGUUGACUUUGCAGACUCUGUUAACAAGUUCGAUCGCAGAUUCAAGACAAUAAAAAGGGAUCUAAUAUUGACGCCAAAGUCCAUCUAUCUAAUUGGUCGUGAGAAGGUAAAGAAAGGACCGGAGAAGGGUCAGAUAAAGGAAGUCCUGAAGAGAAAGCUGGACAUCGGCAGUAUCCGUUCGGUUUCUUUGAGCACAAGACAAGAUGACUUCUUCAUUCUUCAUGACACUGAGUAUGACAGUCUUCUGGAGUCCACGUUUAAGACAGAGUUUCUCAGCUUGCUGUGCAAGCGCUACGAGGAACAAACCAAAAGCAAACUUUCACUGUCCUUCAGCGACAGGCUGGAAUUCCAUGUGAAGAAAGAAGGCUGGGGAGGAGGCGGCACCCGUGUGGUGGUUUUCCAGAGGGGGCAGACGGAUGCAGUUCAGAUCAAACCUGGAGGAAAGACGCUUUCUGUGUCCGUAGGAGAUGGACUUCCAAAGACAUCCAAGCCAACCAGGAAGAAUAUGCAACAGGGUCAUGGAGGAAAACCCCGAAAACAACACAGAGGUGGCCAUCAAAAUGGAGCUGCACAGUUUCCCCGGGCUGCUCCUCAACAACAGCGGGAUACCACAUACUCCCUCCCCAUGAGGCAGAACCCUCCACCCAGCGAAGCUCUUGCCAAACUAGGAUCACAGAAGAAUCGGAAAGGCUCCAGGCCGGCGCAGAAUCAGUCCGCAAACCUUGAUUUCCUCAAUGUACCUGAUCAGGGCAUGUCAGGAAUGCAGAGAAAAAGGAGCAUCAGUCAGCGGCCACCCCCGGCCCCCUCAAGCCGAUCCAGACCCCAACCCCGACCGCAAGGCCCACGCUGCAAAGCGCUCUAUCAAUAUGUGGGCCAGGAUGUGGAUGAAAUCAGUUUUGAUGCUAAUGAGAUCAUCGAUCUAGUCAAAGAAGAUCCAUCAGGCUGGUGGCGAGGGCGGAUUCAUGGCAGGGAAGGUCUCUUUCCUGGGAACUAUGUUGAGAAGAUCUGACCUUCUUAUAUGUAUGCGGUAGACAGCACUGAUGAACCUGAACCAUGACUUUUGACCUCAAACCUCCACCAAAUCUCUGGAAAUCUGGGAAUACUCCAGUCUUAGCCUAUGAUACGACCAACUAUUUCAAAUGCUCUCAAAUUGUCCUUUGUCAAUAUUUGUUGGUACAAUUUGAAGGCUAAGAGGGAGUAUACACUGUUUACAAAGACUCUGCACUGUCCACAGGUGACCACUGGGUUGUGCUGUUUUGCGGUUUUCAAGAUUUUCAAGAACUGUGUUAAAACCUUACCAUGAAUUAACACAAUUUUCCGAAUGCUUAUGUCUUAAAUACCUAAACUGUAUAGGUAUAAAAUCUGUUUGUUUUUAAAAUGUAUGUUUUUUUAUUUUCUAUUCUUUAACAUGCAUUCGUUUUCUAGGAUACUAACAGUAUUAAAGUGACUUUUAUUAAAAUGA